AUGGCCGAACAACGGGCUGACAGCGAGGCUCCUUCUUCAUCGUCGUCCGACUUUUAUGCCUCCGACCCUCCCGCCGCGGACCAACAGACCUCCCCGGUCCCUGUCGCCGACGCCGACGCCGCCAUGACCCGCGCCCAUAGCUCACAGCCAUAUGCGACAGAGUUCACCGCUGCGACCUUCCCUGCAGCCGCGCAUGGCAGUACUGGCGCGGCAGGACACGACAGUGACAGUGACCCAGGCUCCGAAAUGGACUGCUCUUCGCCGAGUGCGCCGCCUUCUCCAGGACUGGAAUCCGCGCCUGCCAUACCUGUGCCCGUCGCCGUGAAUCACCACGCUGGUGCUAAGCGCAAGCUAUCCGAUACUGUGGAUGCUAACACCGCGGCUGCCAUAGAUUCCCUCGAGGACCCAGCGAAGAAGCGCAGAAUGGUGAUGUCCGCUCUGCCUGUUGAUGCGCCUGGGACACCACCCCGGACUGCGCGAUUGCCAGCCGAAGUGUGGCAGCGCGUCUUCAUGCAUCUAUCCCCUGCGAUGCUCUGCCGCUGUCUACGUGUUUGCAAGCCAUUCAAUAUGUACCUUACACACCUUACGGCCACACCCGCGUCGAAGACGCUACGGCGAGAACACACCAGGGCUCGUGUUGUGGACAGCGAAUCUAUUUGGAUACAUUCCCGGAAGAUUCACUUCACUACAAUGCCUAGGCCGUUGGCUGCAUUUUCCGAAUUGGAUAUGCUGAAGCUGGUAGGUGGCCGAACUUGUCAGUUUUGCGCCAGGACCCCUGUCCCCUCUCCCGCGACCUCGCUUUUCAAUGCUGGCCCUGGGCCUAAUGGACUGCGCGUGAUCUGGCCGUUUGGGAUUCGAACCUGUGGCUCGUGUCUUGAAACGCGCAUUCUCAAGGACAUUCAAGUGCUUUCCGACCCUUCCCUUGCCCAGCUUCGACUUGGAGUACCUUACGGCUUCCGCUCUCCCGAACUGCAUUUUGUUACAGACUCCGUUCGCCAAAUGCCAGGGGGUAUCCCGGGUAACCUGCGAUUCGCCAAAGUCUACUACAUCCCAGACCUGGAAGCCAUAAAGGCCGAAGAGGAGAACGCCAAGACACUUGGAGAUGGCGCUGCAGAUGAGUGGCGCAAAGGUCUUGCAGCCCAGGGUAAAGAUGCCAUGGCAGAUUGUGGCCGAUGGGAAAAGUGGGAACUGAAUAUGCGUCCUGGCGCAGACUUGUCACAAGUGCUUAGGGAGUGUGAUCCUUCUUCUUUCCCGCGCUAUCUUGGGGAGACCCAUGGUAGGUCUGCUGGAGUAAAUGGUACUCAGACUCAGCCACCUCCAAUGGCCAACGGGACCCAUCCGCUGCCCCAGCCUGUUCAUGUGUUCCAUAAUGCCCAUCAGAAUGGGUAUGGGGCACUGUAUCAACCGCUUUCUCAACCUCAACCCCAGCCUCAACCUCAACAUCCGUUCCCACAGCAUCAUCGUCCGAUGAGAAAUCUUCAGGAGGUAGAGGAAGCUCGUCAAGCCCGAAAAGCCGACAUUGAGCGCAGAUGUCGAGAGAUGGAGCCGCCAGUGGAGCCAAAUGUUCUCCAGCACAUGGAAUCAUUCCAAGCAGCCAUGCAAAUCACCACUCCUAUGACAGAUAACUCGUGGGCCAUGCUCAAGCCUCGGAUAUUGGACCAACGGGAGCGGGCAGAAUACGUUGAACACGAAAGAGCCUCCCAAUUGGCCGCUUUGCAGGCCGCUAUGCCCUCAUCCAUGAUGGAGGACUACAUCCCAAAGCCGGCAAAGGAGACAUAUGACCGCGAGUACGAGCAAACUCAGGACUCGCUACGAAAACGGCUUGGCGAGUAUGCCACAGAUUACAUCAACGGCCAGUGGGGCGGAGGCAAAAUGCUGGAGAAGGAAWACUCCCCAAUAUUUGCAGCGCAAGUUCUGCUGCAUGUCUAUAAACGUUACAACGAGGACAAGCAGCUGGGAUUGUUACCGAGACUCGAGCCAACUGCGAGAAGGACCCACGGAAAGCAGGGAUCCCCAGUACCUGAGCCAUUUCUCUCUCUCGAUAACAUGAAGUGGGUCUAUGACAAUAAGGUCCGACCCCUGACCGAUCCUCUGCGCCGCGAGCAAUUUCUUUGCGCAGGUUGCACAGAGGAGAAGAAACCCAAAUGGUUUGCAUUUGAGGGGCUUAUUCAGCAUUAUGGAGCGAAGCAUACCACAGCUUUCAGCAGAGGCAACAUUGUGGUCCAUUGGCAGACGUCCGACUGGCCGCAGGAGGCACCCUUCCACACUAACCCUGGGCAAUGGCUCAAGUUGGAUCGUCGAGUCUCUGCCCAUAAUCGUCUUCGGAACACACCGCAAGCCAACACCGAUGGCGCGUAUCAUUCUGCGACGCCCGCUCUUCACGACGGUUCGUACCAUGCAGGCUCGAAUGGCUUCCAGCAGGUUGGACCUCAUGCAUACCAGCCACCUCAACAUCCCCAGGCGGCCACUGUUGACAUCCACUACCCAACGGAAGUGAUUCCCUCGUCGAACUCCGACCAAGACUACGACCAGCAGGUCGACAAACUUGCCAAGGACGCUCGUGAGGCAUGGGACGCCAUGGAAGGCGUCAAAGAUCUCCUGGAAUGCAUCCGUGUUCACACGGCCAUUCACCACAGUGUGCUCCGCUUUAAAGAGACCUAUUGCCAGAAGCCCACGCUCGACAUGCUCACAGAGGCAGUCACCACGAACGCAUCGACGCGUCCGCUGAAGAAUGCUCAUGGUCUCGCUUGUAAGCCGUGCGUUGCCACAUCUGUGAACGGGGUUUCCAAUCACGGCUCGUAUUGGACGCGAAUCAGAAGCGCGAAGCUCUAUAAUACGUCUUCCCUGGCUACCCAUUUCAAACUCAUGCAUCAAACCCAGGAUUUUGGGCAGCUGGAUUGGACUACCGAAAUGAUUGAGCUCCCGGACGGCGAUAUGAUCAAAGAACUCCUUCGCACGCCCGGCAUGGACGACAGCAAGUUGGCAUUGGUCGCAGUCGCGUUUCCAGGCGUUUUCUCGCUGCCAUUGCCUAUCAUAGGCACAGUUACUGAGCAGUACGACGCCGCAAGCGACACCGCUCCUGCGAAUCGAUUGCUGAGUAGACUUGGGAAGAAGCAAAAGAAUCAAAACCAGCCGAAGAAGAAGGGGCAAAAGAAAGCCAACGGUUCACCAAUCGACCGCGACUCCUCGCAAGACCCACUGCCUGAGCCUACCGAAGACGAGUACGAUCCUCGUCGUCCGAUGUUUGUGCCCGCUCAAAAGUCGACCUUUGACCCAGCGCAGUUUGACACCGACGCACGCAAGGUCGUGGAUCCGGCACAAUUUGAUACGGAUGCCCGCAAGCCGACCGAAGCACAAGCACCCAGUACUACAUCAGCGCACACUUUCAAUCUCGCCCCGGAGACUCUCGCCGCACUGCAGAGUCUAAGCGCAAUGACUUCACAGCCUAGCCAACCCCGUUCGAGCAACAGAUACAGCCGCAGUCCUUCCGUGGGACGAUCUGCGCCCUCGGCAGACUACAAAGCAACCCAAGAUCCCCCGGUUGUCCCUUCCGMUGGACAGCCUGACAUUGCUGCUAUUUUGGCAUCUUUAACGGGGCAAACACCAGCUACGCAGAAUGGACCCCCAACUGCUGCUGCAGGGAACCGUAUUGGCAGCGCACCAAGGCAAGCAAAUCCCGAGGUGUACCCUCAGACUCCCUUCGAAGAGGCUCGCCGCUCUGUCAGCCGAUACGGCGGAUCCUAUCAAUCUCCCCCGGAAGUAGCAGCAGCACGCAAUGUACACGAUUUGCAGGCAACUCUCUCGAGCAACAUGCGCCAAUUUGGCCAGAAUCAACAUCAUACGUAUGUGGAGGCCUCACAUGCCCCUUCGGCCCAACUCGCUCCUAGGUACCAAUAUGUCUACGAGGGCGGACAGCACUACAGCCAGCCGACAUCCCAUACGCCUUUGUACAGGGAAGCUCCAGUCCAAUAUGUGCAGCGAUCAGAUAGUGAGCAUUUUGCAGCGGGUUACCAGUACGAACGGCCGGCACCUCAACCAAUCUACGUCGAUCAAUAUGGAAGGCCUCUUGAACUCGUUCCCAUUGAUUCAGCCCCAGCUCAGGUACAGUACGCGCCGAAUCCGUACGAGCAACAGCAGUACGAAAGACGAACUGAGCAACCCGUGUACACUACGAUUGCGCAUGGAGCGCACAUGCAAGACGAUCGGCGGCCAGGAUACUACGAGCAAGUUGCUCUACCUUAUGAUAACCCUCGUGGGUCAGUGCCCCGUCCUUGA